GAUACUACAAGAAUGGCACCUGCACUAUUGAUGUCGUUAGCAAUCCGAGCCGGGCGGCCGUGGAAGACAUCAACAUCGUCGUCAUCGCCCCCUAUUUCGGAAGCAUUGGUGACAAGAUGACGCAGGCAGAACCGCUGCUUGCGAUGGCAGCACAGGAAAUUGAGGACAGCGGCUUCUUGCCGGGCUACCGAGUCAACGUCCACCUGACGGACUCGGGCUGUUCGGAGGCAUUGGGUACCAUGGCCACUGUGGAAGCCAUGACGCGUGGAGCUACGAAGCAUGCCAUCCUCGGGGACGCAUGCAGUCAAGCGUGCGCUGCUGUCAGCGAUGCGGCGCGUCUCUUCAACGUCCUACAGGUUUCGCCUGGCUGUGAAUCCCCCAGCCUCAGCGACCGGACGCGUUACCCAUACCUCACACGGAUGACGCCUUCAGACCGCUUCAAGGCGGGUGCUUAUUCAGGGCUUUAG